GCUACACGCAGGCCCUCAGUGCCUUCGAGGGUUCCAGCUGCUGGCAGAAGGCCUUGUCCUUGCUCUUUGAAGCUGACGAGCGUGGGAUGGCCAAUGAGAAAAGUUACACUGCGUCCAUGCGUGCGUGUACGGACCAAUGGCAGUGGUCCCUGGCCUUGUUCAGAAGGCUGCCCUGCCCUGACAGGCGAGCCUUCAACGUGGCUCUAAACUCCUGUGCAAAGGCCUUGAAGCGUGAGGUGGCCCUCGUGCUCCUCCGUCAGAUUCCGGAACCGGAUGCCGUCAGCUACAACUCUGCCUUGGCUGCAUGCGGCGAUGACUGGAUUCAGGCCUUGCAACUGCUGGACGAGCUGACCAGCCGUGCGGACAGGAUCAGCUACAAUGCAGUCCUCGCGGCUUGUGAGGCAGCAGGGGUUUGGCCUGUCGCGUUGAAUCUUCUUGGGCAAAUGAGAGAGGCCUUCCUCGAGCCGGACUGGUGGCCUUGGAUUCUGAGAGAGCUGCUCAAAGGACUCACUGAGCUGCCGUGCGACCAUGGGCGCCUGUGCCUCGGCAGCCGCCUGGCGUCGAGCCCUGGCGAACCUGGGCUCGCACGGAAAGACAUUUCUUUUGCUUUGGUAGUGCUGGAUGCAAAGAGUUGCACGUCGGCCAGCAAAAAGUGGGUAAAGAAUCGGGAAGGUGUUCCCGGCGCCGAGCACUUCGACUUGCGGAAUUUGAUGCUGGUCGCCGGGAGUGGCACUCAGCGAGGUAGCCCUAAGCUGCACGAUUCGCGCUGCCGGGGCAGCCCACCGCUGGCAGGUCGCGACAAGGCUUUUGGAUCAGAUGGAGGCAACGGGCUUUCAACGGUUGAUUUUGCUCCAGUGGUCAUCCUGGAGAACCUUCGAAUGGAUCUCUCCGUGGAGAGCAAUGCCUUUAGCUUCUCCGCUGCGAUCGAUGCCUGCGCCAAAGCUUCACAGUGGCUGCAGGCAGUGGGCAUCUUCAUGUCAAUGCCGGCUACCUCCACCCGGUGCAAUCAAGUUUGUCUGAAUGCGGCGCUUGCUGCCUGCCAGAGGGCCAGUCGUUGGCGCCAGGCUUUGGCGCUGGGCGCAUGGGCAGCAGGGCAAAACGUUGUGGUGGACGAUGCUGGCCACCACAUCUUGCUCUGUGCACUCGAGGCCGUGGGACAUUGGGCCGCGGCUUUGGCACUCGUGAUGAGUCGCCAGCCGGCAGUGCCUGCUGCUGCUGAUGCAGCCACGCUGGCCGCCUGCCGAGCACUGCGCUGGCAGGAGGCUCUGAUCCUUGGGCAUGCUGCUUUGAAGAAGCCCCAGCCGGGACGACGCGGAGAGGUUUUGGGUGCACUGGCUUGCCUUUGUGAAGAGCAAGGGCACCCUGCUGGGCAGCAGCUCUUCCAUGAUCUUGCCAAGGCAGCACACGCAA